UCUAGUUUGUAUGUUUGGCAGGGCUUUAAUCUAGUCAGUGUCCCUGUUGCAUAUAAAGUAAUUUAGGCUUCAGUUUACCCACUAAUUCAGUUUUGCUGAGUCAGGUCCUAGCGUUUGCUGUUGCCUGGGUGAAUCCUUCACAGGGUCGCACUGGAAGGAAGAGCCCUAAGAGGAACUCUGUCCGACAGCGACUGCGUGACAAGUUUUCUUCCUGCUGGCCCGAGAGCACCUGAUGCUGGUACCAUGGCAGACCCCGUAGCAGAAGAACCCGCGUCCCAAGCCGGCGAGCUCUGCGGCGAAUGUGGUCAGUUCCACCACUUGCCUGACAAUCAUCUCUAUAACUUCCAAGAUGAAGUGGACGACGAACUCAUCUGCCAUAUCUGCCUCCAGCCUCUGCUGCAACCUAUGGACACCCCCUGUGGACACACGUACUGUUUCAAGUGCCUCGAGAACUUCAUGCAGGAGUACAACUUUUGUCCGAUGGAUCGCAAAAAACUCUCUUUCCAGCAGUGCCACAAGUCCAGCCUCCUGGUGCGAAACCUCUUGGAUAAGCUGGCUGUCCUCUGUCCUUUCAAGGCGGAGUGUCAGCAGACAAUGCAGCGGUGUGAACUAGAAGCUCACCUGCAGAACAGGUGUCCCGGUUUCAAGAAAUACAAAUCUGAACGGGAGCGGAAAAAGAAUCCUUUUCCCAAAGGCAAGGAAGAUCUCCCUGCCAAGGUGGAAACAAACACACCCAAGGAUCCUGAGGUACCAAGCGGAGGAUCGUCGCUUGUAGCAGAAAGCUCUGUAGCUGCCGUGGUAUCGCUAGGGACUGCGGAGCCUGGACUGGUUAAUCCAGCUUUUGAAGAGACUGAAGAAGACUUUCCUCAGCGAGCUAGUCUUGUGGCUGAAACGAGCACAAUAGAAAUUCACCGAGAAGACCCAGAGGAAGAGCUGGGGAUGAGGAUAGUGGGGGGCAAAGAUACCCCACUAGGAAACAUUGUUGUUCAGGAAGUCUUGCGGCAUUCUGUUGUUGCUGCAGAUGGAAGAAUAGCACCUGGAGACCAUAUUCUUGAGGUGAAUGGUGUCAACAUUAGCAGUGUGACUCACUGUCAAGCUGUGUCCUUCCUGCGCCACCCAGGCCCUGUUCUUCACCUCAUGGUCCUGCAGGAGAAGGGUUUUUCCAGUAAGACUGUACAGCAGGAUUCCAGUUCUGCUCCAAAUCGGGAAGUGAUCCACGUUACCUUGAUAAAGAGAGACCGAUCUGAACCGUUGGGAAUCAAACUCAUCAGGAAGACAGAUGAGGCAGGGAUUUUUAUUCUAGAUUUGUUAGAGGGAGGUUUGGCAGCCAAAAAUGGAAAGCUGAGUCGGAAUGACAGAGUGCUGUCCAUAAACGGCCAGGACCUGAGGCAAGGAACACCUGAGACUGCUGCACAGAUAAUCCAGACCAGUGAAUCGAGAGUGAACUUUGUAGUUUUAAGGCAGCCGGGUGUACAGCUAUCGGAGCCUGUGGAAGACGGCAAUACAUCGAACAAUAGCAGCAGCAGCAGCAACGGAGGAAGUCCAGUGUACCAUCGAAGAAGAUUAGAUCAGAAUCAUUACAGACGAAAAUCUACCUACCAGAAGGAUCUACCUCAGGGAUACGUAACUCAUGAGAAGACAGUUUCAAUAAAAAAGGAACCAAAGGAAUCUUUGGGAAUAACAAUUGGAGGUGGAAGGGAUAACAAAAAUAAGCUCCCUAUAUAUGUAACAAGUGUACAGCCCAUCGGCUGCCUCUUCAGGGAUGGCAGAAUCAAACGAGGAGAUGUACUUUUGAGCAUAAAUGGCAUUGACUUGACUCAUCUGAGCUACUACGAAGCUGUCUCAGCAUUGAAAUCUAAUGCAGCUUCCCACUCAGUAGUACUGAAAGCCUUGGAAAUCCUUGUAUCAGACCCAGCAGAUCCAUCUCUGGACAUCAAGGAGCAAGGAUUCAGUUGGUCUCCCCUCUGGAUCACGUGGCUCGGACUGCCUAGUUACCUUCACUGCUGUCAAGAUAUUGUCCUGAGUAAAGGUAACUUGGAAAGCUGGGGAUUCAGCAUUGUUGGAGGCUUUGAAGAAAGUAAAGGAAACCAGCCGUUCUUCAUCAAAACCAUAGUGCCUGGGACUCCUGCGUUCCGAGACAGGAGGCUGAAGUGUGGAGAUGAAAUAGUGGCAGUAAACGGAGUGCCUGCUAUAGGAAUGAGCAAUUCGGAACUAAUCCCAAUGCUGAAAGAACAAAGGAAUAAAGUCAUUCUUACUGUGGUGUCUUGGCCAGGAAGCCUUGUGUGAACACUAAAACAAAAUAUGCAGCAGUUUCAAGGAUCAUCUCUGGUAUCAGAUAUUUGUUGACUAUUGCAUCAAGCUAAACGUGACAGAUGAUAAACCAAGGGAAUGUUGAAUUCUUGCCUUACAGUAUAUUGUCAUGGAAGACUUUUCGCUGUCUUUUUGGAGAAAACAUUUCUAUACUGUGCUGAGGUUACCAACAACCCAAAAACAAUUCAAUUACAUGGAAUUGUUAGAUUCAAUGUCAUAGUGAAUCAGAACUGUUCUGCUAGCUUCCUGGGCUCAGCAGAGUUCUUUAGGAGUGGUGUGGUGGAGAAAAUUUUUUCAGUGCUUCGCUACAAAUGGUCCGUCUUUACUUUGAAGCGUUUUCCUCAAUUUUAGAGCUGUUUUCCAUUUAAUGUACUGAACAGGUUAAAACAGGAGGGACUGUCAGAUACUUCGGCUAGUU